CGGGGGUGGGACUUCCGCAGGGCCCCGGAAGUGGGAUCUGUGUGUUCUCAUGCGAACGGGAAGGAGCGUUGGGGAUCUGGAGUCUCGAGGUUGAGACAUUUUCGGGCCCGAAAAAGGAAGGAUCAGCUGCUGUCGCUGCCAAGCCCGCGCCCGCUCUUCUUUGCUGUCUCCGGCCCGGCCCGGCCGUGCCGCCUUUUCUUGCCGUCUCCCUCCUCGGCCGUCCCCGCGUGUUUUGCGCGGUCGCCGGGCACCGGGGCUGCGGCGACGAGCCCGCGGGCGGCCGGUCGGGCGGGGCGGGCGGCUGACAGCGUCCUGAGUUUAGCAUUAUACUUUUCCAGUGGAGCCCAUGACUUCUGAUCAGGACGCUAAAGUUGUGGCUGAACCGCAGGCACAGCGAGUCCAGGAGGGCAAGGACAGCUCUCAUCUGAUGAAUGGUCCUAUAUCGCAAACCACUUCUCAAACAAGUUCCCUCCCAGCAUUGACUCAGGUCCCAACAACUAAGGUUUCAGAGCUAAACCCUAAUGCAAAAGUAUGGGGGACUCAUAUGUUACAUCUGGAGGCAAGUAGUGCGGCUGUCGGUGUGAAUGCCUCGUGGGAAGAGGCUCCCGGCCGUCCUACAGACUGCGACCAGCAGGGAUCGGAUGCCAAUGGCGAUGGCGACAAAAGCCGUGAGAAUGCCACGCUCCCGGACGCACAGGAGGCAGAGCAGACAGACAUGAGCACUCUGGCUCUAGACCAUGCAGAAUACUUACCUCUGCCUGAGAACAGCGACACGGGAGGAAAUGAGUCUCAACCAGAAAGCCAGGAAGACCCUCGGGAAGUACUUAAAAAAACAUUGGAAUUCUGCUUAUCUAGGGAGAAUCUUGCUAGCGACAUGUACCUUAUAUCGCAGAUGGACAGUGAUCAGUAUGUGCCAAUUACAACGGUGGCUAACCUUGACCACAUCAAGAAGCUCAGUACUGAUGUGGAUUUGAUUGUUGAAGUCCUGAGAUCUUUACCUUUAGUCCAAGUGGAUGAGAAGGGAGAGAAAGUAAGGCCAAAUCAAAACCGGUGCAUAGUGAUACUGCGUGAGAUAUCUGAGUCCACCCCUGUGGAGGAAGUAGAAGCACUAUUUAAAGGAGAUAAUUUACCAAAAUUUAUAAACUGUGAAUUUGCCUAUAAUGAUAAUUGGUUCAUUACCUUUGAAACAGAAGCUGACGCACAGCAGGCUUACAAAUACCUUCGAGAAGAAGUCAGAACUUUCCAAGGAAAGCCAAUUAAGGCACGGAUAAAAGCAAAGGCGAUAGCGAUAAACACAUUUUUGCCAAAGAAUGGAUUUAGACCUCUGGACAUGAACCUUUACACACAGCAGCGUUAUGCUACAUCGUUUUACUUACCUCCAGUGUACAGUCCCCAGCAGCAGUUCCCUCUGUACAGCCUGAUCGCCCCCCAGACAUGGUCAACAACACACAGUUAUCUCGAUCCACCCUUGGUAACUCCUUUUCCAAGUACUGGAUUUAUAAAUGGGUUUACAUCUCCGACCUUCAAACCUGCAACGUCUCCCCUGACCUCGCUCAGACAAUAUCCUCCUAGAAGCAGGAAUCCUAGUAAGUCUCAUCUGCGCCAUGCGAUUCCUAGUACAGAGAGAGGGCCUGGGCUGCUAGAAAGUCCUUCAAUAUUUAACUUCACUGCAGAUCGAUUAAUUAAUGGUGUCCGGAGCCCACAGACGAGGCAAGCAGGGCAAACUAGAACACGAAUACAAAACCCUUCAGCUUAUGCCAAGAGAGAGAUUGGAACUGGGCGUGUGGAGCCAAGUAGUCUUGAAUCCUCUCCUGGUUUAGGGAGAGGAAGGAAAAAUUCCUUUGGCUACCGGAAGAAAAGAGAAGAGAAGUUUACAAGCAGUCAGACGCAGUCUCCAACACCACCAAAGCCUCCAUCACCAAGCUUCGAACUGGGGCUGUCCAACUUCCCCCCAUUACCUGGAGCUGCAGGCAAUUUGAAGGCAGAGGACUUGUUUGAAAACAGGCUUUCCAGUUUGAUCAUAGGAUCUUCAAAAGAAAGAAGCCUCAGUACAGAUGCAAGCACAAACACUGCUCCUGUAGUGGUGCCCAGAGAGCCCUCCGUGCCAGCGCCCUGUGCUGUGUCCGCAGCGUUUGAACGUUCCCCUUCCCCGGCCCAUUUACCUGAGGAUCCCAAGGUGGCAGAAAAGCAGAGGGACGCUCACAGUGUGGACAGACUCCCUUCAACCCCCACUGCGACUGCAUGUAAAUCGGUGCAGGUGAAUGGAGCAGCAACAGAACUGAGAAAGCCCAGUUAUGCAGAGAUCUGUCAGAGAACGAGUAAAGAGCCUCCUUCCUCCUCCCCAUUGCAACCCCCAAAAGAACAAAAGCCAAACACUGUCGCCUGUGGGAAGGAGGAGAAGAAGCUCGCUGAGCCUGCGGAGAGAUACAGAGAGCCCCCUGCCCUUAAGUCUACUCCUGGAGUCCCCAAAGAUCAGAGGAGGCAGCCUGGGCGCCGACCGUCUCCUCCAGCUGCCGGGAAGCGCCUGAACAGGGAACAGAACACCCCUCCCAAGUCUCCUUAGUGAAAGCCGGAUACCUGCCGGGGAGGGUGUGGAAGAGCUGUGUUCACCGUGGACGAAGCUCUCCCGUACACUCAGACACUCAGUACGGAGUGAGCCGCUGGUUAGGAGCUUGCAGCGUCUGUGGGGCCCGUGGGAUACCUGCAAGUUACUUCCUUCUGUGAGUCGGAUUUUCCCCCUCUUGGAAAAAAAAAUCUAUUUUUCAGGAUUUAAUUAUAUAAUAUAAACCUUAUUUUAGGUUGGUGCUUAACUGGAGGUGAUUCAGAAGUCUGAUGUUUUUCAGGAUAGAAAAUGUAUUUAUCCUAACAAAUGGAUAUUUUUAUUAAGCCUCCACGUGGCUCUGAAUGCAAGCUAUAAUGAGUUUUUCUAAAUUAAGGGAACUCUACUACUUUUUUUUUUAAAUAGCUGGUCUGCAAGUGCACAUUGGUAGGGUGUCCCAGCAGAUGGGUGGGGGCUGAGGGCACUGGCAGGGGCAGCCGUGGCCUCACAGAGCAAGGGACUGGCAAUGUCAGGGCACUGACAUACUGGCAUAGGAGCUGUGUUUUCAUCUAAACUGUUAGCUAACAGGUAACUCUAGCUUUAAAACAAGAUACAUAUGUAUAUACAGUUCUUUUUGAUCUAGUGGACAGAAUGAACCUGCAAAGAGCACCCUAGAAAGACCUGAAACCUUUGAGUUUUGAUGUCCUGCGAGCAAGUAACCAGCCUCUCACUCCAGUUCCAAGUGGCUACUGUGUAAAAUAAAUUCAAAGCACAUUGUGAAUAGAACCUAGAUGAAAUUAGAAACUGCUGCCCACUGACGUCAGACCAUGAAGUUGUACCAUGAUGUGUGUCCUGUGAGUGGGCCGCCUGGCUCCCAUCCUCCAGUGCCUGCUCUGUCCGUGUCCCCCACUCACUCUCUCUGGAGAGUCGUGUCUUAGCCAGCUCUGUGUGGGUGUCUUCCUGUACCUCUGCAUCGGCACAUGGAUUAGAAGAACCUAGCCGUGAGAGAGUGGUGUUUGUGGGUCCCCCCCUCCUUUGGCUGGCGGAGGACAGAACCCUUGCUCCUUUUACCUCCAAGACGAGGGUCUUGUUGAUUCUUUCCAGAAGCGCUGCACUUCUGAAGAACGAGUGCAGUCAAGUUAGCAAGUUUAUAAUAAAGUUACAGAUAAAUUAUUUUGUUUUAAAAUGCCUAAAAUUUUUCUUUAAGUAUUCUAAGCAGCAGACCUUAAAAUAUUUCCUGCUAUAUGUAACCAUACAGCUGAUUCCACAAAAUGCUAUUUAACAAGACUGAAGGUUGUUUUGGUUUCUUUUUUCUUUUUAUUUUCUAAGGAAAAAAAAAUGAUUUCCAUCCAAUAUUUAAAGACUUGAAUUUUAUUUAAACUUGAAAAUGACUUUGCCUUAACUUUUGUAUAAGACAGCUUAGAGCUCACGGAGACCUGCCCCGGGUUGGCGGGAGUGGAUCGGUUCCUCAUUGCCAUGCGGAUCUCCUGGUGUUGGUUUUGCUGAGAGCGCAUACUGUUGUACAAGAACCCAGUGGUUUUGUAACAAACCUGCAGAUCUUCAACAGUUGGUCUUUUUCAGAUGUUGAGAACCCUGUAAGUGCAAAUGUCGCUACUGUGUUAACUGUGCACUUGGGAGUGUGCUCUGCCUGUACAGUGUAAAUAAUCAGAACAUAUGAGAAAGGUACCCUACAGAGAAGAAUCUGAUAAAAAUUAUUGAUAUAUUAUAAAUGUUGCUGAUGAGCUGGAUGUGGAUAAACUAAAUGUUGUGGUUUGAGUAUUAUUUUAGUUUGUUAAGGUUUUUCUUUUUCCCCUUAUACUGGUGUGUUGAACUGACUUUGCCUCUUUGCUGCAAAAGGGAAAUGGGAAGUCUUAUUAAAGCCUUUGGAUGUUUUCAUACUCUUAAAAGUAUGUAAGUACAUACUGAUCGUAUUUGAUGUUUGAGGGUUUUGAAGAGAGUAUAGAGAGCAGAGACUGGCAAGAUCUUCCAAUGAAAGUAAAAAACAGAAAUGUGCUAAUUAGAAUUAAAACUUUGUGAAGUGAUUUUUUUCCUGCCAGAGGCAAAGACGGCCUGAUGCACAUGACCAUUUCCUUCAGAGCAACUGUCACUCAGUUACAUAGGAGCAUACGCAGUGCUGAUGUUUCAAACGCCUGUGAAAGGAACAUAGGACGCAUUUCCUUGUAGAUGUCAGAUCACUGACAAAAAAAACAAAGAAGAAGAAGAAGAAAGGCUGGCCUCUGAACCCACACUCGCAGAUACUGUCUGUCUGGAAAGGCGAGCCCGAGGCCUCAGGUCCUUCACACCACAGCCUUGCUGGAAGAGGGGCCAAGUAAUGGCAGCAUCCCUUAUCCCCAAGGAUGCUCUCACAGAUGAUCUUUGAUUUUCAAUGAGGAGUCCUUUCCCCAAGGCUGAGCAUUGCAGCAGGAAACCUGUGUGGCAGAGCCAGCUGUAGGUGCUUGCUGUCUGCGGGCUGAAGUGUAAGCUCAGUGGCCGCACCCAAGGGCAGGUCUGCAGAUGCACGAGGUUGGGACACUGUAAUUACUGCUUGGCCGGUGACAGCCUGGCAUCAGAAACUAAAGCCGUGCUCAGAUGUGGUUUUUAUAGCACUCGUUUUCAGGAAGCAAAGGUGAUAUGCCAAAUAGCUGUGUAAUGUCAAAACAGAGACUUCCUGUACACUUUGAGGUUUUCCACUCAGAAAAAAAUGGAAGUUAUCAAAAUAGGAAGCUGUUGAGGGCGCAUGCAGACUCUUGCUGUGUCACGUCCAGCAAGUGUGAUCCGUGGUUUCCAUAAUCUAUUUUCUAAGUUUACUCAUUCCUUUCAGUAUCUCAAGGUAUAGAAUCGGAGAUACCACAGUCACAAAUGACAUUUUAACUUGUAAAAUUGUGUGAUGAUGCUUAAUUAUCAUAGGGAAAUAUGGACUAGGAAUCUGGCCCCGCUUCACCAGACAUGAAUUUCAAGUGAUUCCUCCUCGUAGUCAGUGUCAUGAUGUCUCUGUGAAUCCCUCCUGUCAUUGCAUCACUGGUUGCCACUAGUGGGUGGCAAAAAAAUAAAAAGAAAAAAAAAAGGAAAAAAAAGUCUUAUAUUGCUGUAUUAGGGUUUCUGCAGUUGAUAUUGAAAAACUGGUCCAGUGUGUCACAGCAGGCGACUGAUGGUGCAUACCUGUCUUUGUGUCCCCUUCAGUGAGCUGUAGUUGUGGGUUUGUGUGCUUUGUAGCCUGUCAUGCGGAAAGCAACAGACAAUCGAAGAUUCCAGGAGCGCUAACAGCCGUGGCGAGUCACAGACAGGAUUGUAACGUGGGAGCUUGCCUGAGGGUUUCUGUUUCCUUUCCAUAAGACUGGAAUCAAGCUUACAUGUAAACUAUUGGGAAUUUAAGUUUCCUUUUGUGUCAUUUUGUGUAAGACUGUCUAAUUUGAAAAAUGUAGGUUAUGAAAAAUAAAGAUUUAGGCACUGUUCAAUUUUUCUUUUGAUUCUUUUAAAUUAAAAUUUUCUUCAAGAA